UUUUGACAGCACAUCAGCAAGGUAACUUAACUAAACCAUUAGAAACAUUCAUGCAAUGUUGAGUGGAAAGUCAUCCAUAGGACUGACGAGGAAGGGAUAAAAAUAAAAUAAAAAUAAAAGAAAAGAAAAGGAGCGUUGUCCUAAACAAAAACGGAAAAGUGCCCAAGCCAGUAGUACUAGGAGCGAGCCUUCCGGAGCAUCGGCGCCGCACCGCAAUCCCCGCACACCCAUGUCCACCUCCUCCGCCGAGAUCGUGAACUUCUUCUGCCAUGCCUGCGGGGCGACUGUCCCGGGGCCUGCCCCAUCCUCCAUCUUCCACUUUACCCUCUGCCCGCGCUGCGGGGAGGGCUACCUCGACGACUGCCCCGCUGCGCCCAACCAAGCGCCGCUCCCAGCGUGGCUGCUGCGGCUGCCGCCUCCACCGCCCCCAUGGCUGUCCCCACCGCCUUCCGCCGGCUCGUCCUCCCGCAGAGCGUCGGCUUCGGCGUACUCCUCUCCCUGGUCCCCCCCUCUGGCUCUGUUGCCCCCACCGCCGCCACUCCACCACGGCGCGCCUCCGCGUGGGUCGACGUCUCCUUUGACCUCGCGCUCGUCCGCCACGUCGACGUCUCAGCAGAUCGGCCUGCGUCCUCCUCCGCCUCCGCCUUGGCUGCUGCUGCCGCCGCCGCCCACGACGCUCCGCCAUUCGUGGGAUGACGUCACCUCGCUGAUCCCCUCCGACGAGGAGAGCCCGCCCCCGCCCCCGCCUCCACCGCGGCGGCCCCCGCCUGUUUCCAAUUCCACCGACCACGACUCCGCCAUGUCCCAAGCGCCCGCGCCGCCGGAGUCCGUCGCCGCCCUGCCCACCGUCGCCGUGUCCGACGCCGCGCUGGUCUGCCCCAUCUGCACGGAUCGCCUCAUCCUGCUGCUGCCGCAACCGGCCGAGGCCGCGCGGCAGCUUCCCUGCGGCCACGUGUACCACUCCGGCUGCAUCGUGAAGUGGCUGUCGCUGCGCAACUCCUGCCCAGUCUGCCGCAGCAGCAUCCCGGCGAUGCCGCCCCCCUCCGCCACAACAGACACUGCUGCGGCCUCAUCGUCGGCAUCACCUCAGCCGGAGAUGGGCCGGAGGCCGAGGGGCCGCCGGAUCAGAAGGAUUUGCUCCAGGUUGCUCAGGUACAUGGAUAUUAGCCGUGGUCGUCAGGCAAAUACUUCUAGCAGCGGCGAUGUGCGUGUCUCGUGAUUGGCAUCGUACUGCACUCUGCCAUUCCAUAUGAUGUUCAGCGCCUCAGGCAGGCUCUCAGCGCGUGUAUUGCACUUGCACCGGCAUCAUGAUCUGGUUGUGUAUGCUAGUACUAUGAUUAUUGAGUGUGUUCCAUUGAUAAUGGAGAGUGUUACGUGCAAUUAAUUGCCUGAACAUUUGCGA